AUGAACGACGCAGAGGGUCUCGCCAUCGCAAUCGAGGAGGCCAAGACUGGUGCUUCCGAGGGCGGCGUUCCCAUCGGAGCCGCCCUUGUCUCCGCAGACGGCAAGCUCCUUGGCCGCGGCCACAACCGCCGCGUGCAAAUGGGUUCCGCCAUCCACCAUGGCGAGACCGACGCCCUCUUCAACUCGGGUCGACUGCCCGGCAAAGCCUACAAGGGCAGCACGAUGUACACGACACUAUCCCCCUGCGAUAUGUGCACUGGCGCCUGUCUUCUCUACGGCAUCUCCCGCGUCGUCAUCGGCGAGAACAGAACCUUCCUCGGCGGCGAGGCGUACCUCAAGCAGCGCGGCGUCGAGGUUGUCGUUCUGGACAGCGCCGAGUGCAAGGCCCUCAUGGACAAGUUCAUCGCCGAGAAGCCCGAAGUCUGGAAUGAGGAUAUUGGCGAGGAAUAG